AUGGUCGAAGAGAUACCUAAGAAGAUGAAACAGGCAUCAUUGAUGUCCUUUUUGACCAGGAAGAAGCCAAUUGUCAAACCUCCAACCCCUCCUGCUGAGGAGAGCAAUAAACCUCCCUUGAAAGAGUUGCAGCCACCUAUAGAAACAACAAUUACCCCAGAUACCACUGUCGAUGAUUUCAAAGGGUCUCAAGAAUUGGGGUUGAACUUAAGAGAAGAAAACAGCAAUGUAAAGAAGAAAGAAACUCCCUCAAAAUUGCAAAAGGAACAUUACAGAGACCCAACUAGUUCUCCAGCUCAUCUAAACGGUUCCUUCGACGAUUCUUUUAAUUCUAUAGCAUCUUCACCAGUAAAGGGCAGACGGAAACGUAUAAACUAUUCUGAAUUGUCCGAUGAAGAUGAAGAUGAGGAGGAUGGUGUUGUGAAGCCUAGGAAGAAGAAGAGAAGUUUUGCAUGGGAUGACGGGGAUGACGAAGAUUUUGAUAUGGAUAGUGACGUUAAGAACAGUGAUAAUGAUGACGACGAUGAUGAUGAGUUUACUGAUGAUAGAAACUCAACAAAGGAAGAGCUAGAGAAUCUUUACGAUAACACCAAGAUUGAAUCUGAAGAAGAGAUUGAAAAGGAUGAUUUUGUUGAGCCCUUAAGAAAAACAUCGAAUUCUUCAAAGAAAGGAUCCAAAAUUUCCAGUAUUUUAUCUGGCAGGCAAAAAUCACCUUUGAAGUCCAAUUCACUAUCUGCUCAGAAAAAAUUCAGCAAAGAAAACGAAGAACGUUAUCAAUGGUUAAUUACUGUUAAAGAUGCUGAUGGCCAUUUGGAAACUGAUCCAAAUUAUGAUCCUAGGACAUUGUAUAUACCACCAUCUGCAUGGGCAAAGUUUACUGCAUUUGAGAAACAAUACUGGGAAAUUAAGUCUAAAAUGUGGGAUACAGUUGUUUUUUUUAAAAAGGGUAAAUUCUUUGAGCUUUAUGAGAAAGAUGCCGAUAUUGCCCAUUCAAAAUUUGAUUUAAAAUUGGCCGGUACAGGGAGAGCAAAUAUGAGAUUAGCUGGUGUUCCAGAAAUGUCAUUUGAUUAUUGGGCUAAAAGAUUUAUCACUGCUGGUUAUAAGGUUGCCAAAGUCGACCAAAAAGAAUCGAUGCUUGCCAAAGAAAUCAGAGGGAAAAAUGGCGCCCAAGAUGCAAAGGAGUCCAAAGUCAUUCAAAGGGAAUUAGAGUAUGUUUUGACGUGCGGUACAUUAAUGGAUGAGAAUUUGCUCAAUGAUGAAAUGUCAAAGUACUGCUUGUCCAUCAAAGAAAAUAUUGACUGGGAAAACAGCUCUAAAAAAAUUGGUCUUUGUUUUGUAGAUGUAUCAACUGGUAAUUUUUACCUUUUAGAAUUUGAUGAUGAUCUCGAAUGUUCUAAGUUGGAAACAUUAUUAUCCCAAAUUAAUCCUAUGGAAGUCCUUGUUCCUAAGAAUGAAUUGGAUACAUUAACACUGAGAGUCUUAAAGUUUAACUCACAUCCUAACGCCUCAUUUAAUUUCAUAAAACCUGAAGCAGAAUUCUGGGAUCAUGAGAAAACUGUUGACGAAUUAUCUAAAUUUAAUGAAACACAUGACCUAAAGACUCCUCCUGUCUUACAAUCAUAUUAUCAGCAUGAUAAAUUUUUAGCAUUCUCUGCAUUUGGUGCUGUUUUCUGGUAUCUCAGAACGCUGAAGUUGGAUUCUAAUAUUAUAUCCAUGGGCAACUUUAAGGAAUACAACCCAUUCGAUAAGAACUUAUUGGGCUCAUCCAUGAGGUUAGAUGGUAUAACAUUACAGAACUUGGAAGUUUUUAACAAUUCAUUUGAUCAAUCUGACCGUGGUACUUUAUUUAGAAUUUUGAACAGAGGAGUCACUGCUUUUGGUAAAAGAGUCUUUAAGAAUUGGGUAAUACAUCCAUUAUUAAAUAAACAUGCCAUUGAUGAGAGAUUGGAUAGUGUGGAAUUGCUGUUAAAUGAUGGUGAUUUGAAGUAUAUUAUUGAAUCCAAAUUGAAGAGAGUUGUGGAUAUUGAAAGAAUGUUGACUAGAAUUCAUUCAAAAUCAUUAAGGGCGAAAGAUUUUGUAAAGGUGAUUGAUAGUUUCCAAGUGAUUUCCGAGUUAGUUAACGACAUAAACAGAUAUGGGAUUGAGAAUUUAAGGGGCCUUUUAAGAUCCCUGAUUAAUAGUUUUCCUAUUGCCGAAAUGAAUGAUUUAUUGGUAACUUGGAAUGAUAAAUUUGAUAGGGAUGCUGCAAUAAACGAGGACCUGAUUGUUCCGAAGGAGGGUGUCGAUGCUGAAUUCGAUGAAAGCAAUGUCAAGAUAAUUGGCGUCGAGAAUGAAUUAAAUGCAUACCUUAAAGAGUAUAGGAAACAGUACAAGUCCAAUGAGAUCUGUUAUAAAGAUAGUGGCAAGGAAAUUUACCUUAUUGAGGUUCCAAUUAAAUUGGCCAACAAGAUUCCAAGAGACUGGCAACAAAUGGCAGCAACCUCCAAGUGUAAGAGAUAUUGGUCUCCUGAGGUUAAGUCUCUUGUUAAAAAGCUAAUGGAAUUGAGAGAACUACAUAAAAUUAUAUGCCUAAAUCUGAAGGAUAAAAUUUAUGAAAAUUUCGACAAAAGCUAUGAGAAAUGUAUGAAAGUUGUUACAUCAAUUGGCAAAAUAGAUUGUCUUAUUUCCCUAACAAGAGCUUCUGAAUCGUUGGGUUAUCCAAUAUGCAGACCAGAGAUAGUCGAGAGUGAUAAUUCAUUUAUUGACUAUAAACAACUGAGACAUCCUUGUUUUAUGCCUGGCUCUGGUAUUUUAACCACAAAAGAUUUUAUACCUAACGAUAUUGAGUUAGGAAUAGAUAAUAAGAAUAAUAUUGGUUUGUUAACAGGUGCUAAUGCUGCAGGUAAAUCUACCUUACUAAGGAUGUCAUGUAUUGCUACCAUAAUGGCUCAAAUCGGCUGUUUCCUUCCUGCAGAAAGUGCCAGGCUUUCGCCAGUCGAUGCAAUAAUGACCAGGUUGGGAGCAAAUGACAAUAUUAUGCAAGGGAAAUCUACUUUUUAUGUUGAACUUUUAGAAACUAAGAAAAUGUUGGAUAAUGCAACACCUAAAUCAUUGAUUAUUCUGGAUGAAUUAGGAAGAGGUGGUUCAUCCAGUGAUGGAUUUGCAAUUGCUGAAGCAGUUUUACAUCAUUUUGCUACCCACAUCCAAGCGAUUGGAUUUUUUGCUACACACUAUGCUAACCUUGGCCAGUCAUUCUUGAACCAUCCUAAGAUAAUACCAUUAAGAAUGGCGAUAUUAGUUGAUUCUGAUUCCAAGAAGAUUACCUUUUUAUACAAACUAGAGAAGGGACAAUCUAAUGGGUCUUUUGGUAUGCAUGUUGCCACAAUGUGUGGAAUACCAAAGGACAUUGUUCAAAACGCCGAAAUUGCAGCUAAGAAAUGGGAACAUACAUCGAAACUAGAUAAAAUAAAUGAUACCAAAGCAGGUGUGAUCCCGUUGGGUGUCGAAAGUGAUUUUAGCUGGUGGAGUCAAAACAAACACAUUAUUUCUUGUUUUGGCCAAGAAGUUGAAAAAGAGGCGAUGCGUAGCAUUUUCACUAUGAUUGAUGGAUUAUAG